UGGCCCUAGCAGUUUGGCCCCCACCACCCCCACCCUUCCUUGCUCUCUUGCUGCAUGUUUCCUGUGCACGAGCUUCCUCCUCCUUCAGACUGCUUGCAUUCUUUUCUCUGCUACUCCGAAGACAACUUUUGCUUUGCGAUACUCUUUGUUCCAGCACAGGAAAACAGCACCGAAGACGUCUUGAACAAACAUGGGGAAAAGUAACAGCAAACCUUUCACUUGUGGCAAUGUCGACAAGUCCAAGCUGAUGGGAUGCGCAAAGAUCAUGUGCAAGAAACAUGGCGUCAACACCUGUAAGCAGCUCCCUUUGUGGGUGCGGAUGUGUGGUUUCCCUGAGAAUGGUAGUUUUAGUGUGGGUAAGAUACAGCAACUAGAAGAGGACUUGGCCAUUUAUGAGGUGAGGAAGGGAACAAGCAAAAUAGACUGGAAAGCCUUUAGGAUGUGGAAAAGUGAGGCGGAGAAGAGAUGGAGCCUGGAAGAGAAGGGGCGCAAGAGGAUGGGGGAGGAAACCAGUCAGGGGCGUGCACUCCCACAGAAAGAGUAGGAUCUCCUGCCGGUCUCAGCUGCACAUCCGAGGAGUCGGAACCAGCAGCCGGUCGAGCCAGACCGGGAGGUCCGAGGACAGUUGGCCGCAGCAGAACCCACCGUGCCGGGCCCGGAGUCUGCUCCAGCCCCGUAUGGACAGAGUGUCCCUGCACCCGCACAGAGCAUGCCGGAUCCCAGAGCUCAUCAGUCAACCCAGACCAUCGAAGUAAUGGAGGUGCCCGAGCCGAGAGUGACCGAAGCUGCAGGGAUGGCGGCCUGGACACCGGAGGACCUGCGCUCAUUCGCCAAAGACCUGCCAAAUCUCGACCCCCAAGGAGGCGCUCCGUUUGCGGAAGUGCUGAUCCUGAUUGCGGACGUCUGCAAACUGAGUUUGAGAGAAAUAAGAAUACUCACAAUCUACGGCAUUCAACUGAAAUGGGGCGAGGUGCAAGGAGACUGGCCGGAGAGCGACCUGCGUUUCGACUGGACCCGGGGCUCUGUGUAUCGGGACCACGUGGAGAGACUCUGCGAGAGGAUGCGAACGACUUUCCCCGCCGUCACGCGAUUGGACGUGGUGGGGUACUGCGUACAGAAGCGUGGCGAAAUGGUGGCGGAUUAUUUUGUCCGAUUGGAGAAGGUCUUGGAGGAAAACGUCGGACAAGCUAAGUCGCGGUAUUACGAUUAUACCGAAGAUCUGCUGAAGACAUAUUUCCUGGAAGGCAUGCACGAGCCGAUCAGAAGGCAGCUACGCGAGCGUUGCAUCGGCUUGGACGUGGAAAGCCUGUCGGUCGUCCGGCAGCACGCCGUCCACCACGAGCGGAAACUGAGGGAGGCGGAGGAGAAGAAAGAGAAAGCCAGAGUCCUGCUGACGGACAGGUGGAUGAAGGCGGAGAUCCGAGCUCUGCGGGGAGGAGGCGGAAGGAGAGGCAGAGGGUCGGUCAACGCGGGCCUUCGGGACAGCGGAUGCUGGACUUGCGGAGACCCGGACCACUGGGCCAGAGACUGUAACGGACCGAGGAGUGGGGCCCCACUCUGCCUGACUUACAUGGAGGAGGCGGACUCCAGAGGCUGGUGACCGCACACACAACACCGCAAGCACGCGCACACGCACACACACACACACACACACACGCACCAGUGUUGAAAGAAGUAUUCAGGUCUUUUACUCAAGUAAAAGUACAUAGAAAAAAAGAAGGAAACAACUCAAAAAUAUUCCAACAAAUGAAAGAAAAUGAUUGAAAGAAUAGGCAGGAAAUGAAACAUUCACAUAUUAAUUAUUAGUUAACCCAUUUAUUGUUGUAGCUGUACUUAAAUAUGCUGUUGAGUAGUCUAAUCAAAACAACAUUUUACAAGUUGCUCAUGGAUUUUUUUGUGUGAACAUAUUUUAAUUUACAAAUAAAUAAAGCUGUCAAAAAAAAAAAGUACAAUGUUUCCCUCUGAGACGUAGAGAGGGAAACCACUUGGAAAGUGGUACGAAAGGAAAAUAAAUGUACUUUAUGAGCACACACACACACACUGACACCCAGAUACAAAGAAGUGCUCAUCAUGACAAAAAUAAGUGGAUUUUAGUUUCUUUCAGUGUAAUGAUGCAAUAUUACAUUCCAGGUUGAUUCUACUGUUUCAGUAAUAAAACAAAAAUGAAUGGCCAAUUGUCUGAGGUCACGGAACAUGGGGAUAUGAUUUCACAUUGUACAGGAGGUCAAAGAGUUAAUCAGAUACUUUAUUUCACUAAAGGAACUAAUGCCACACUGUGAAGUGAAAGUCCUGCAUUCAAAACCAAUAUAUAUAUAUAAACACAUUUCUGGAUUAAUAUUACUGCUGCAUUAAUGUGUAUGUUGCUUUUUUACCUCUGUAGAUGUUUGCGAAUGUGCUCAUUUGAACUGCUUUAUAUGCACUGUUGGGUAGUUUAAUAUACACUGAUCAUAUUUUAUAAAAUCAUGUUUGUAGCCUGAUAUAGUACAAAGUACACACAUAGUUUAGAUUAAUCAAAAAACAACACAUACGGCAUAAAAGUGUUUGAAUUGCUUUAUUACACAUGCUUAUAUAUUGUUACGCGUCGUCCAAUCAUGUUUAAUGUCUUCUAUGUUUGAUCAUUCUGAAUCUCCCGUCAUGUAACCUUUAACCGGAGGAAAUGGAGGAGAAAAGAUGGAGAUAUACUUGUUUUUUAUGAAGCUAUAAGCCCUGUAUUCAUACACAAAUCUGUAUUAAAUCUCUCUUAAGA